AUGUCACGUGUGAGAAAUAAAGGUGAUUCUCCGCCACCUUAUACAAUUACAAAACGUAAUGGUUAUAACAAAGAUGAAGAAGAAGAAGAAGAAGAAGACGAAGACGAAGACGAAGAAGAAUAUGCUGAUGAAGAAUCAAUAGCUGAAACAACUGACACAAGUUCAUCAGACAAACUUUCAUGGCUAUCUAAAAUUGCUUAUGCUUCUGUUGGUUUACCUUAUUCAAUGGAAUUAUCAAUUAUUGCUUUUUAUAUAAAUGAAUUUCUUUUGGAUACUGCUAAAGUAUCGCCAGCCUAUAAUGCAAUCAUUUUAUUUACUAGUCGUCUCAUUGAUGGUUUAACUGAUCCUAUUGGUGGCUAUCUUUUUAGUCGAUGUUCAUUUAGAUGGGGAAAAAUGAGACCUUGGAUACUUUUUUCAGCGCCUUUUGUUGCACUUAGCUAUUUCGGCAUUUGGUGUCUUCCGAAUAUUCCUGACGGUGGGAAAUUGGUCUAUUAUCUCUUGCUUCAUUCUUUACUAUGGACAUUUAUGACUGCAUCACGUAUUCCACAUACAGCUCUUACUGUUUAUUUAACGCUAAAUCAACAUGAACGAGAUCAAUUGACAAAAUAUCGUACUCUAUUUGAAGCUGCUGGUCUUUUACUUUCAAUUCUCUUUCAGUCGGGUAUUACAGCUCUGUUUGGUGCAACAAAAAAUAAACUAGAUUGUGGAAAUUCAACAAUUUUUAAUGGAUCGAUCGACAAUAUGACGGAAGAUUUCAUGAAUACGAUGAGGCCACUGGAUACCGCAGUUCCAAUUAAUGUGGCAGGUGCUUACAUGACGUCAGCUGGCAUUGUAGCAUUAAUUCAUAUUCUAACAUCAUUAUUUUUAUUCUUUUCUGUCCGUGAAAUCGUUGAUGUUAUUCCAACUAGUGAAACAAGUUUUAUGAAAGCUUUUAAAAUGAUAAUACGUUACAAGCCAUUUAUGAUCUUAACAGCAGCAACAGUCGCAUCUAUUCUUGCAACUCAGUCAAUUCAAAGUGUUCUUGAACUUUAUUUAACUCAUGUAAAAAAGAAUCAUACAGUAUUUCCAUUUUUGGCUGGAACAUUAAUUAUAUCAACAAUGAUUCUUUUGUUUGUAUGGGCGAUAAUAAUGCGUCGUAUUGGAAAGAAAAAAAGUUUUUUUAUUGGAAAUCUAUGCUUAAUACCGACUGUGAUCAUUAUAUUAAUUACUAAAUCUCCUAUAGCUCUUUUAUUUGUUGCGGCCGCUAUUGGUGCAAAUACAGUUGCUUGUGGUUAUAUCAUGCCAUGGGGCAUGUUACCGGAAUGUAUUGAUGCAUUUAUGCUUGAAACAGGUCGAAGACCUGUAGAAAUUUUUUAUACAUUCUUUUUUCUUGGUGCUAAACUUGUACAAGCAUUAUAUGCGGGUCUUGUUCAAUUAGCACUAGGUGAAAGUGGUUAUGAUGCUAAAAAGUGUGAACAACCAGAAUCAGUCGCAUUGACAAUAAGUAUAUUGAUGGGUGCUAUUCCUGGUGGUGUACUGAUUUUAUCAACAAUAUGUUUAUAUUUUUAUCCAAUUGAUGAUGAACGAGCUAAACAAAUUCAGUUAGAAUUGAAAACAAUGAGGUACUAA